UACACUUGUGCCUAUUUGUGGGUCUGCUAUAAAUAGUGUCCCCAACCCUACCCUCUAUCUCCCAACACCCCCACACCUCCAGUAGCACAUGCUCAUGUUGGACUGACAAUUGCAGUGCCGUGCACUGGGACACCUCCAAAGGACACCAAGACUCAUGAUUGGAAUUGCUGCUUCCCUUUGUGAUUGUACGCUGAGGACAAGCGGGGGCUUUAUUUUGCUGUUCAGGAAGACGUCUCACAGGCCCCUGAGUGAAAUUUUUGUGGGAUUCAGUCGUUUGUUUGGAAAAUGAGCUCCAGGAGGCCCCUGCUCCGUUCUUUCUCCGGAAGCGGGAGGUACGGCAGCUUUAAUGGUGAUGUCAUCGCCGCGCCGAGCGGCAGAGCUGACGGUCGCGGUUACCCGUUCAACAUGCGGACGGACACCAGCUACCACAGUCAUAGACAAUGUCACCACAGGCCAUCAAGAAGCACAUUGUGUAGCGUGAUGGCUCAGCUGGCAGUGGAGACCCAGCCUUCGUUUGAGACCACCUUAAAAUCCAAGGCAGUGUCAGAGUCCUGUAAUGCAAAGUUCACCUGCGUAGUUUCAGGUAACCCAACACCUGAAGUGACCUGGUACAAAGAUGAUAUGGAAAUGGACAGAUACUGCGGCCUUCCCAAAUAUGAAAUAUUCAGCAAUGGAAAAACGCAUACACUCCACAUAUACAACUGCACCCAGGAGGAUGCUGCCAUUUACCAGGCCUCGGCCCGGAACAGCAAGGGCAUCGUGUCCUGCUCGGGCGUGCUGGAGGUGGGCGCCAUGAACGAGUUCAUGAUCCACCAGCGCUUCUUCGCCAAGCUGAAGCAGAAAGCCGACAGCAAGAGGAGAGACCUGGAGCAGAGCCGCCGUCGGGGCGGGGAGAGCACACGUGCCGCCGUCGCCGAGCAACCGCGUGUCAUCGCCCCUGCCCGGAGGCCGCGGUUGGUCAGGUCCCCCAGCGAGCCUGGCCCCACACCCUCCCCAGCCUUCGAGCCGGAGACCAAGCCACCCGCCCUGGAGACCAAGCCAGUCGCCCCGGAGACCAAGCCAGUCGCUCCGGAGACCAAGCCACUCGUCCCAGAGACCAAGCCAGUGGAGCGGCCUGUCGUGCAGCUAGUGGAGCGGCCGGCCGUGACUGCAAAGACUCCCGUCGCCAACGGGUUUGCCGCUCACCCGGAGCCCGUCAAGGAGAACGGCAAGCCGGCAUUCCUGUACUUCGGCAAUAAAGUGGAGAUAAUCACCACGAGGCCUGCGGCCAAAGACGCCCUCGCCAACAAGGCGAUAAAGACAAACAGGGCCGACAGUGUCGAGCCAGCAGGGGGCAGCAGCGGUGGUGACGGCGGCUCGGGGCCGAGUGGCUCCAGUGAAGAGAAACCAGCAGGGGAGGAAGAGAUGAGCCUGGCGCGGUACCUCACCAGAUGCUCCAAACCGGAGCCGCCCGGGCCCCAGCAGAACGGCGUGCCGCCGGAGGACGCUUCGAAGCCGGAGCCCGUCGCCGGCCGCCAGGCGGCCAGGGAGAAAGAAACCGCCAAAAACAGAGGAGCGCCGGGGCGGGGGCCGCUGGGGGUCACCGUCCCGGUGGUGAGGGUGUCGCCAGAAACGACGGGACUGAAGGGGCCUGAGUCGCCCAGCACGCUGGCCUCCAUGUUCUUCUCCCUCAGGGACAUGUUCUUUCGGAACAAGAGCAAGAACGAGGACCCGGCUGCAGCGGCGGCGAACGGCGUAGACCCUCCACCUGUUUGCGGCAUGAAGGUGGAGGGAAGGGGCACCCCCACCGCCAGCCCGCAGCUCCCUCCCUCCACAAAAGAACCGCCACAAACCCGCCGGCGGGAGGCUGGCGGCAGAACUCAAACCCCCGUCCCACGGCCAGAGCCCGCGGAGGCGGACGGGGCGCCGCCUUCAGUGGACCAGCGCGGAAAAGGCCCCCCCCUGCCAAAAACAGCUCCUGAGCCCCCGGGCUGCCGUGCACCAGAGCCAAGAGUGGCCUCAGGGGGCCCCACGGCAGGAGUUACGGUCAGGACCGCGUCCUCUCUGCCGGCCGGGGCGGGGGAAGACAGUCGGACCGCCCCGCCCCUGCACCCGCACGAGCGCGUUGAACCGCCCGCGUCUGAUUGGAGUAAGAGCCCUGAGGCCGCACACAUGCACCGGCCACCGCCAGAGACUAAGGUUACAGUGGACCGUUCGCAGGUGAAUGGGAAGCACGUGUCUUCUGGCAGGGACCUGUCUAUCUUCCCACAUAAGCAGGAAAUACGGCCUCCUGCAUCUACAGCAGGGCAAGUCAAUGCAGAAGCUGAUGACACAUCUACAUUGCAUAACCGCAUCCAUUCUGCCUCUGGGGCACCAUCGCAGAACACGCAGCUUCACGCCUACGGUUUGGACAAUAGCCAGAAAAAACAUCCAAUUGGUCCAGGUGUGUCGGGCCUCGACCGCCCGGCUGGCCUUGUGGACGCCUCCGAGCGUCCUGUCAUGCCCGCGGUGAAACCUGGCCGGGCGGAGCCACGCAGCGAUGGUGCAGCGCAGAAAUGUGGAGGCGUUAGCGUGGGCGCGGGAGAAAUCCCAGCCGGUAACCUGAGAUCGCGGGACAACAACGCUCCCUGUGUGCAAGGGCCGGGUGAGAGAGGGAGAGCAGAGAUCCUGGUUAACGUACGUCCGCAAAAGGAAACAACGAUGCAGGGUGGCAAAGGCGUGACUGAAACGACAACUUUGACUUGGAAGAAAGUCAAGACUGAGCGGAAAGAGAUACCGAUCUACACCGCUCAUAAAAAUGAAAAAGGAGGGCUUCCGUGGGGGCGAGGCGAGAAAGGCGUCACCAGCGCAUCAACCGAACUUCCGAUAAUUGUGCAAGUAAAACUCCUGGAGGGCCCACAACCUGAAAAGGUGCUGCAGAAUUUUCCGGAAGUUCUAAGAAAUGUUCAAAAGGAUGGAGUCGCAAGUGCUAUAUGCACCCCUGUAACCAAACCAGAAGUGAUCAAACUUCAAUUACGACUUCCAGGAGUUCCACAAGUGUUGGAUCGGACAUGUUCGAAGACGUCCUUUCUGAAAUCGCAGGUUAAAAACAGAGAGCCUCCCGCGCCUUUCGCAGACAAUACUUCCCCCAUCCCUGAGCAGUCAAAUUUGCUAAAAGCUGCAACGGCAGAAGAUCCACCAUUAGAUAUGGCAGAGAGUACUGGCAAGACAACUCCAGUGACUCCUAUUCAGCAGAUUACAGAAAGAAACAAAGACCUCUUACAACCAAAAGAAAUUCCAAAGGCUGGUAAGCAAGACCAAGAAGUAAAACCUGGCAGAGCAAUGGCAAAUGAGAAUUCCUGUGGUCAGCCUAGCACAGGUAUGGCCGCUGACUCUGCCUCAGUCACACACAAUUUCAAAAAAGACAACAGUGGACUUAGUAAGACUGACGUUCAGCAUCAACAUAACAGUGUCAAGUCAUCAAUCAUGAUCUGGCCGGUGCCUAAAGUGCCCACUUUUGUAGUUCCUCUUUUUUCUGUCACCUGUUCAGAUGAUAUCUCAUCUGAGAACAAUCAGCCCUCUAAAGAUGAGGCGAAAGAGCUUGAUUCAGUAGCCACACUGAUGCAAGAGGUCAUGAGUGACCUGGACAGCUGUGUUACCCUGUCUGCAGCAGGAAGAAAAGAGAUUAAUUCAACCCCCGAUUGUGUUGAGGAGGCCACACCCACCAAUGAUUCUGACAUGCCACAGGGAAUCACCGCACCCGAACCAAGCGUGAAAAAAACACCUUCAAUUGUGUCUGAAUCCCCUCUGGAAAAGGUCCUUCUGUGUGCUGAUGUCAUAGCCACCCACCCAGACAAACAACAAAAACAGCCUCAGUUGGCUUCCGAUACCUUUACCGAUCAGCACGUAAACGACAAGUCAGGCUUAAAUGAAAACAAUCCCAUUAACCCAGAGUCACCACUGCUCAGUCCCACCACCUCACGUAGGGAUCUAGUCGCAGACACUCCUAACAUGGAAGCCUCUGGGUCACUGGCAGUUCCUGCCAUUCGAGUGGACUGUACCCCUUUGGUGGAAAAACAUUCCGGGGAGGAAACCUCAGGGGACGCCUUGCCGCCACCUGUGUCAUCUUGUGAGACCAGCCCCCGACUAAGAAAGAGGAACAGCCUGACCCCCAUCCCAUCCGCCACCCCGGAGGAGCUGGCCUUAGGAGCCCGCCGCAAAAUCUUCAACCCCAAAUCAAAAACGGAGGACCUGGAGGUGUCUCCGGGUUCGACGGAUGCCCUGGCAAAAAAGGAGCAGGAGGCUCCUUACGCGUCACCUGGCCAGUCCCGUAGACCUUCCCUCCUGCAGCUCCCUGCUGGGCAGCAGACCCCACCCCUCCCCAGACGAUCCCCUAAUCUUGGCCGCAAGAAGACAACUCUGGAGGUCCCCAAAUGCCCUGAGGAGACAGUCAAGGAAGCAGACACUAUCAAGCCUGAACCCAAAUCAGCAGAGAAGGACAAGUUGGACCCUUUAAAAGCUCCUCAAGUGAUCCGCAAGAUUAGGGCAGAGCCCUUCCCAGACAACGUUGGGCACAUUAAGCUGUGCUGCCAGUUCUUCAACAUGCUCAGUGACUCAACGAUCAAGUGGUGCAGAGAUGAAGCUGAGGUAGCGGAGGUGACCAAAAGCGCGGGGGACGAGAGCCCGGUGGUCCUGGCCAUCGUCCACGUCUCGAGCAUGGACUGCGGUGUUUACAGCUGCUCAAUCAAGAACGAAUACGGAACGGACUCCACAGACUUCUUCCUCAGCGCAACCAUACUUUCCGAGUCCCUCCUGAGAGCGGAUUUAGAAGUGGGCCAGGAGAUCGAGAUGACCCCUAUGCUCUUCACUAAAGGCCUGGCAGACCCAGGCCGCUGGGGAAACAAGUUUUUCGGGCGCAUCAUGCUUACGGAGUCGCACAUCGGGGACGGCUGCGCGCGCAAGGCCUGCAGGGUCAAAGUGAUAUACGGCCUGGAGCCUGCGUUUGAGUCGGGGAGCACCUGCAUCCUCAAGGUGCGGAACCCCAUCAGCUACGGGAAAAAGGACGAGCACAACCUUGUGGAGAGAAACCUGGAGAUCACCCAGCAGGAAUGUAAAGUUCAGAACAUGAUAAGGGAGUACUGUAAGGUCUUCUCGGCAGAGGCCAGGGUAGCUGGGAACUUUGGCUCAGUUCUGGAGGUGAUUCCUCUGUAUCUGAUGUACCAGCCCGCGAGCACCAUCCCUUACACAACGGCAGAGGCUGACCUGAAGGGGGUGUUCCUGAAGCACUGCCUGACGGACCCCACAGGGCGGCUGAUCGUGAGGACCGGGUCCGAGGUGGAGCAGAUGUGCUGCACCUUCCAGCACUGGAUCCACCAGUGGACCAACGGCAACCUGCUCCUCACGCAGCUGGAAGGUGUCGAUGGGAAGAUCACCAAUGUCGGAGUUGCCACCAAAUUGAAGGGGUACCAGGGCCUCUCGGACAAAGCCACACCCAAGGUGUUUGAGCAGUUUGUUGCGCAGCACCAGUGCAACGGCUACUGCACCCUCCUGGGACUGCAGUCGCUCAAGGCCAUAGACUCCCUGACGCAGCCGACCAAGACGAAGGGCUCCAGGAGCCCCAUGCUGAACCGGAAGGGAUCGGCCAGCCCCCAGACGAUGAGAAAGGGGGGGACCAGUCCUCAGACCCCUCGGAAGGUCUCCUCCAGCCCCAGGUUGACCAGGAAGUCGUCUGAACCAGGGAACGGUAAACCUGCAGUGAAAAAUAAUAGCGUGGAGGCCCUCAAAGUGGUCAGUAUAAGCUGAUGUGGCAUUGAAGGAAGGAUAUUGAAAGCAUCAAAAUCAAUCACCUCUUCAUGACUGAGGCUACUGCCACUACUGCAGUUACUCUACUAUGACAACUAUACCUUUCUCUUUGAGCUGAGCUCACAACAUUUAUUCUUUUGGAUAUUUAGUUUGGUUUGAGUUAGGAGCUGGUCUGCUGGUCUCCUGGCCCAAACUGCGGCUGGGAGAGAUGCUGUCUUCCCCAUCAAAGAACAUUCUGGGUUUUUUAAGAUAAAGGGAAACCAAGGACUCAGUGCUCAAGUACAUUGCUUUUACACAAUCUGUGUGAUAUUUUAAGAUGGGCUUUUUCAAAAAAGGUUUUUUAUGCAGGUGAAGAUCAGGUCAGUCCAGCAAAGGACUGUGGCAUCUUACGGUGUGAAAGACUAGUGUGUUGAACACGUGUACCUUUCAGCAUAAAGCAAUCCCGCAUAUGUCUUCAAGCAUUGACAAAAGUGUAACCACUGAUUAUUUUGUGAACAGGGAUUUUUUGACUGGUUUUUGCACUGUCCACGAUUUCAGCAACAGCAGAAUGAAAAACAAUUUUAAAAAAUGUUCCUGGUUCCUCUUUCCCUCUUGUUUAGGGCCACCAAAAUCCUAGGGCCGGCCCUGCCUCUGUUUCUUUCCUUUUCUCAAUCUACUUGGACUAUUUAAAACACAUGGACACGUAGAGCUGCCCUACCCACUUUACACAGGAUCUCGCAGCAGACCCAGCUGAUUGUCUGCUCUGAUUACACUGUAUGGUUCAGAUACCUGUAAUGAGUAAGACAACCCAGUCUCUGGCUACACACAAUGGAGACUUGGCUGCUGACCAGUGAUGCAAAGAAGUAAGGCAAAAUGAAAUCUCAAAAAAUAUUGAGUUACUUUGUGGAAUUCCUGGUCCAUUUGAGCUGUUUGCUUUUCUGGUAAAUUUGGAAAGCAUGGGAGGUUUUAUUGUUGUUUUCUGUAUAUGUACAGAACAAAGAAUAAGAGUCAAAUGACUCAAGUUAUUUCACUGUUUAAUGUUUAGGCGUAAGUGUUCCAAAUUAUGGGAGAAAUCUGAAAUUUGUGGUUUGACAUUAACAACCAAGCCAAAGCAAUGUUAAUAACUGGGUGAUAGUGCGAGUGGAAAAUUACCACCUGUGUGUUUGUGUGUGUGUGUGUGUGUGUGUGUGCGUGCAUGCGUGCGUGUGUGCGUGUGCGUGUGCAUGCGCACGUGUGUGUGUGUGCGUACAUGUAUUUAUUUAUUUUUUUUUUUUCUUUUUUGGGGUUUUAUUUUUUUUUUUUGGUUCUUCAUUUUCUCUGUUAUACAGUUAUUUCACUGUUGUAAAUGCCUUUUUGGCCACUUGUUUUAUACAAUAAAUAUGUACAUAGCAACAUGACAUAAUCAUAAUGUACUUGCAGUGAUUACAUUCAAUUUCAACUGAAACAAAAAUAAAUUAUCAACAAAGGAGUGUUUACCUUUGCAUAAUUUUUUGGUAUGCAUGUAGUCUGUCAUAGUAUAUCCUAUCUUUGUGCUCAGAAUGAUUUCAUACGUUUUAUUUAAUAUGAAAUUUACAAAUAGCGCAUAAAUCAUUCUAAACAAGCACCUUUACAAAAUUACUGAUGUCUGAACAUAAUCUGUGAUAUGUAUGCAUAUCUUUUUGUUUGAAAAUGUUCUGUAUAUUGUACAUUUAAUCAUAAAAAAAAUUUUGGAAUUAAAGACUGAAUCU